CUGAACGAAGCGGUCGAAACAUUUGAUGAUUUCCCUUUCCCCUUUCGACGUUCAUAAGGUUGAUUGAUAAUGAUUACUAUUGCAGUAAUAGAACCGGGAAACAUGACACAAAUUGUUGUUAUUACUACCAAUCUUUAUUUAGUUGUUGCUUCGUUCGCUGGAUGCUUUAGGGCAUGUGUAAUAUCGUAUCGUCGCUGGUUCGUAUUCUGCGUAUUCCUAGAUAUCAAAACUGCUGUACAUACUUUUGCUAUAGGCGUGUUGUAGAGCUGAUAGGAUGCUGGUGUUGUUGCGUUAUUGACGGAGUCUCGAUUACGGUACAUUGUCAGGGUGCCAACGGUAUCCGAGGUC